AUGCCGACCGAUGGAACGUAUUGGCUCAUCUCAGUGCCGCUUCAGGAUGGCGAUCCGCAUCGAAUGCACACAGAGUUGGCCAGCGCGGUAUCCAAAGAAUCUCAACAAGGUGCAUCCAUUGGAGACGUGUCUCUACCACCUUUGAAAGCCGGCACGCUCUCUUCACUCGUCAGCCUUGCAGACACCCUGCCCAAAGCGGUAUCUGCGGGCGAGACGACUCUAAACAAGCUUUUGGAAACCUUGCGAGCGCUGCUCAAUGACGACCAGGCCGCUCUUGCGCAGCACACGCUCGUCAGGGAAGGAGCUGUGGACAACUACGUUGUGGGCGGUUGGGCUUGGAAUGCGGCCAAGUAUAGAGUGGAUCAAGAUUUGCACGAUGUUGUAGAAGUCAUCAACAGGGAAUUGACCUCGAUCGAUGCAAUCAACAAGGCCAAAGUGAAUGCAUACAACGCUGCGAAAGGCCAAUUGACUCAGCUGCAGAGAAGAAAGACGUGAGUCACUGUCAGAGCAUCGCUUCGAGGUCGUUUGGAGAAUGAAGGCGACCCACGUUGCUCAUGCUAUCCCAACUUCCGGCAGCGGUAACUUGAGCGUGCGGUCUUUGGCGGACGUCGUGCAUCGGGACGAUUUUGCAGACCCCAAAUCGGAAUUCUUGGAUACUUUGCUGGUGGCGGUGCCGAAGUGAGCAAGCCUUAGGAGGCGUGGCGGCAUGCGGGAUUGUCCUCGCAGGCUGACUAGCGAUAUGUUUUUCAGGAACAACAUCAAGGACUGGCAGUCCAAGUACGAGAGGCUGGCGCCUAUGGUCGUACCUAGAUCCUCCAAGUGAGCAGCAUAUAGUCACCCAGUGAUUUCGGCGUUUGACUUACACGCAAGUGCCUAAUCACAGAAAAUUGGCAGCAGACGAGGAGUUUGCCCUUUUCAAUGUCACUGUCUUCAAAAAGACAAAAGACGAGUAUAUUCAGAAAGCUAGAGAGAACAAGUGAGGGUCUUUGAUUGGGCAGGAGUGGGCAAAGUUUGGGUCUGACUCGAUCUCUCCUGUCAUGCACAGAUUCACAGUGAGGGAAUUUGAAUGGGAUGAAGAGGUGGUCGAGCGGGAAAGACAGGAGCUGGAGGACGCUGGAGUAUCAGAAAAGGAGCUCUGGGUGAGUGGCACCAUGUGUUGCUGUAGUCUCUCGAUGCUGCUCACCCUGCCUCACAUGCGGAUGUAUGCUGUUCGCUAGACUGAAGUGCUCCGAUUGACACGAACAAACUUUAGCGAGGCGUACCAGGCUUUGACUCACCUCAAGGUGGUGCGAUCAUUCGUGGAGAGUGUGCUGCGCUUUGGUCUACCAGCCGAUUACUUCGUGGCUGCAAUCAAAGUAUGUAGCGCAUGGGCUUAUUGCUGCGGCCAUGCUCAUCUGAUCGGAAUCUUCCCUGUCUUUGCUUCUUCGACCCGUUCAACAGCCGAACCCAAAGAGGUCAAAAGCUUUGGUAGCCACACUCGCUUCCCACUACGCCCACCUUGCCGCGUACGACAAGAGGCAGUCAAAGAGCAAAAGUGGGGGAGGUGGUGUGAACGACGGAGAAGUCCCCGGAGAGUUCGCUUCUCUCGUCGAGGCGGAAUACUACCCCUUCGUGCUCGAGGAGCUGCCGAUCGUUGCCGGUUCGACUUGA